UUAUUAAACUGCACUGCCAUUCCUACUAUUGUGGAGCAAUCGUUUCUUUCCUCAAACUUUGAAAAUAUGCAUGAAAUGAAACAAAAUGGCAACAGUUUCUUGCACAGUUAAAGGCUUUUAACAGAGCAUGGUGAUCAUAGCCAGUCUUCCCAACGUGCAUGCGUGCGGGUAAAGGGUACAGUGACGUGUGUGUCCCACAAUGCUGCCUGGUAAACAGACAUGGAAGCACCUGGUGAAGACCUCCACAGUCAGUGAACACUGCACUCGCUCUUUUCACGAUCUUCAAUUUUAAAUAUAUGUCACAAUCAACCGACUUUAUUCUGUUAGUGGCUGUUUUUGCAUCUCUUACGUCCAGGGCAUUGAUUACCCUUUCAGAUUGUGUGGUGGAACCUUGACAUCUAAGCUGAUGAGGAUCUACUGCUUUUACUAAGUGAAUUCCCUUUUUCUCAGUUGAUAAGCGGAAAGAAUGUCGGAAAGGGCCGAUGAUGACGUCAGGGGGGAGCAGCGCAAAGCGGCCAGGCAGCUAAAGCAGCAGCAGCAGCAGCUCCAGCGGGGAGAAGCCUCCACAGCAAUGGCGACUGGUGCGGAGCGUAGAUCCCUGCCUAGUCCAGAAAUCAUGCUGGGACAGCCUUGGAGCAACUGGGUCGAUGCUGUCAAACUGCACGGGAUCGACGAUUCGGAGGAAAGUUUGAAAGAGUGCGGGAAAAAUCGAGAAGCCAUGCGGCUCUGCAGAGACGACAUGCCCAUAUUCGGCCAGUGCCCAGCGCAGGACGACUUCUACCUGGUUAUGUGCAGCCACUGCAGCCAGGUGGUGAAGCCCCAGGCCUUUCAAGCACACUACGAAAGAAGACACAGCUCGUCCAGCAAGCCCUCUUCGUCCGUGGCGCCCUCACCUGCCUACGCAAUGUCCACCCUGCCGCACAGGAGCAGGGGCAGCGGGGGAGGGGGCAUCAGUGGUGGUGUCGCCGGACGCCCAUCCAUUGGGAACAGCACGUCUUUGUCCUCCUCCUCCUCUUCCUCUAACUCCAAAACGAACAAAUCAGCCAAAGAGUUUUCCGGUCACGGGAGACCCCCGUUCUUCCCCAAGGUGCCCCACGACAAAAUACCGACCCCUGCCGCCGUCAAAGUGGAGAAGGUGGACUCCUGGAAGGGGAAGGUGGAGUCCUCUGCCAAUAAGAUGGGCCACGCACCCGCCUCGUCCUCCACCACUGUGAGCUCCCCCAUGAAGCCAGGCCUUAGUUGCCCAUCCAUACCAAAGCCUCCCACGCUCGCCCCCGGGCAGAUCCCAAACGGGAAGGGCCACCUCUCCUUGCCGGACAAGAAGCAGGACAACAGUGUCAGUAGCAAGAGACUGCAGUACAAGAGACCCAUACAAGAGCGCGAGUUCAAUCCAGACAUCCACUGUGGGGUCGUGGACCUGCCAGCAAGGAAGCCAUGCACAAGAUCCUUAACAUGCAAGACACAUUCCUUAAGCCAGAGGAGGGCCGUGCCGGGCCGGGGGAAGCGCUUCGACACGCUGCUGGCCGAGCACAAGAGCAAAGCCAGGGAGAAGGAGCUCCAGCACAGGUCCGACCUCCCCCUGCAAACCCCCCCUCUCAGGGACCCUCAUCCUUCCCCCUCCCGCCUUUUACAAGACCCCCACCAGGUCUCCCAUGGCAACGGUACCACCGAUGCCACCAAGCCUUCGCUCCCCAGCAAACCCAAACCUCACAAUCCUGGUCUUCCACGACUGAACAGCAGUACCUUUCACAGUGGGGGCCCGGCCCAGGGAGACCCCAGUGCGGCCCACGAGCCACCCCACCACCCGCCACCUGCCGCCGUCGACAGCCAGACACGCCUGUCCAGCGACGAGGGGGAGAACGAAGAGCGUGAGGAGGGCCCGGACAAACUGGACUGCCACUAUUCGGGUUACCACCCGCGGCCAGCAGCUUACUGCACCUUUGGGAGCCGCCUGUACGGGAGGAGCUGUCACUCGUUCGACCGACGCUGGGACCGAGUGCGCUGCGCGUUCAGCGUGAUGAUGGACAAGCAUGUCAACUCUCAGAUGUGGAAGAAAAUCCCGCUGGCGCUGGAGAACUCGUCAGCCCACAGGACAAGCACAAACUCCCUUUCCUCCUUCUCUACGUCCACCGCCCUCCACAGUGUCUCUCCAUCCCCCUCGGGCUUCCGAAGCCCCCCCCCUGCCCCGCCAGCGCCCCCUCCGCCGGCCUACGGGCAGUCCCAUGACGGCAAGUCUUCCCUCUCCUAUGGGACAACCUUAAAUGCCCGCGCUGCUGGCCAGGGCUCGGCUGAGCACCACGCCUACGGCGCACAGUCCCGACAAGUGUCUUCGUCGCCCCAGAUGCCUUCGCCCCACCCCUCGCUCCCCUCGCUGGCCUCCGGCCGGCCUCUCAAGCAGCCUCGGACCAGCAGCAAGUCCUCCUUUAGGCCCAAGGAGCAGCCUUCUGCCAGCAUGGCCCACUCCACCAACACCGCCACCAACAGCAGCAGCAGCAGCAGUGGUGCCAGCCUCAGUUUGGGUAAGAAGCGGAAGAACAGCUCCCUGCUUAUGGCGUACACCACCGAGGCCAGCCCUUCUUCCUCCUCAUCUUCGUCAUCCUCUUCCCUGUCCCCAUUCAAGAGAAACUGUGUAGUGGGCUCGGGCAGCUCUGGGAGCUCCUUUCAUGCCUCGCUUGCCUCCUCCAACCCCUCCUCCACCGUCGCUUCUUCCUCCUCCUCCUCCUCGCACACCGGUGUCUACACUGUAGGGCUGAACUGCACUCCGGGCCGGACCAGCGGGCUGAGCCUGCGGCACGAGCCCUCGGCCCGCGGUCCGCCCUCCGCCAGCCCGGCCGAGUCCAUCAAGCGCAUGAGUGUGGUGAUGAACAGCAGCGACUCCACGCUCUCUCUCGGGCCCUUCGUCCACCAGGGCGGCGACAGUGGGCAGCAGCAGCACGGCACCUUUGGCCACCCCGACGCCCGCCUGGAGGGCAAGAAACGCAAGGGCUCCCCGGCCUCCAGCGCCAUCAACAGCUCAGGAGGGCUGAGCGGAGGCCAGGGCCCCGGAAGGCCCAAGGUGGCCAAGUCUCCAUCUGUCAACAACAUCCACAGCAAACACGCGCGCACCAUCCCCGGCACGCCAGGCCUCUCCAACAACUCCCUCAUACAUCAGCCAAAGGCACGUCCCUGACAUUGGGGGCCAGGGCUGGACUGUGUCUGACGGCGAGACGAAUCCAGAGGACGAGGCCUUUCUGAUGCGUUACUCUCGGCUUGCCAUGAUCCUCAGGGGUUGAAACAACUUCUUGGAUGGUCCGGUGACAUCACGGGAAAGUCCUCUUAAAGCCAUGUUGGUUUUGCUCUGCAAAAGACCGUGGGGCCAAAGUGUAGAGAUCGAGGGGGAGACUGGGGGGCAGGGUUUCCAGCACACCUCACCACUAGGGGGCAACAUUGAGCUGCUCUGGUGGCGCUGGAGGAGAAGGAGAAGGAGAAGGAGAAGGGGGAGGUGCCCUGACUGUGGCCUGGUGCUGAGUGACUGAGUAGUAUGGAAAAAGGGGCAGGUAAACACCCUGGAGGCCAUCACCGCAACCUCGCAGAACAGGGAGCAACUGGAGAGCCAGCACGGCAAAUCAAGUUUCCACCUCUCUCUUCCAUUUGUGCGUGUUUGCAUGUGUGAAUGUUUCCAUGUGUGCGUAUGUGAGUGUGUGUGUGUGUGUGUGUGUCUGUGUGAGAGAGCCUGAGAGCCUGAGUGUUAAAGUCAGGUCAAAUUCUGCUGGACUACUGGAAAAAAAAGCUUCUGAAAAUCCACAAAUGUUCUAGAGUGACGUGUUUGAGCCAUUGAGAGUUCCAACACUAAAAAAAACGCAGUCACUCAGGAGGUCUGUUCAGUGAUGUGUUAUUAUUCUUGUUGAAAAUGAGAACAGUGACGAGACAAAUAGAGUUUAGUUGGAGAUGUGACGGGAAGUUGCAAACCAAUUCCCAGAUUACCUUACACUGAAGAAGUAUGCAAAAUUGUAGUCUUAAUGUUUCCUUAAAACUAUUGCAUUCACAGAAAAAAAUGUAUUUCAGGAAAAAAAAAAAAAGCUUUGUCAUGCAUGCCACUGUCGACAGAUUUACUACACACCACAAUCAAACCGACUGUGAAACGGGUCUGAGAUUAUCUGAUGAGAUGGUGUAUUUCAGUUUUUUUGAGGGUAGAGAAUACAUUUAGGGAUAAACACAUAUGGCAGUGGUAACGCAAGCAAACGGUUUUCAACUGUGAUAGAAGCCAAUAGUAAAAAAAAAGAAACAAAUCUAAACUAAGUUUCAGAAGUAUUAGCCUAGUUAACCUGCUGUACACAGAAAGCACAUAUUUGGGGCGGGUUGGGGAAUCAGUGCAGUUAACCAAGUCAGUCACUACCAACGUAACCAAAAACACUUGACAUGAUUAGAAUUCUGUAGAUUGAACACUAGGUUAUGCCUCUUGUCCGAGGCUUGAACUGCAUACUUCAGAGUGCAUAAAGGAAUGGCUCACAACUUGCGAGGCAGCCUACUUGCUUAGUAAAACAAAGUACUAACAUUAACCCUCGCGAAACGUGAUUUCUUUAGUUCAACUGGAGAACGUUUGAUUUUGUGAUUUUGAAGUCUUUGCAUUUAUCAUCGUCAUGUCCGAUGACUAUGUAGCAGCCUAAUUUCAGUGUCUGUUGCAUGUGUAGGUCACGUCUGAUCAGUGUUUAGCGAAAACAGUCUGUCACUAACACGCAGACUCACCUCGCUGGUCCCUUAAACACAACGGUCUUACAUACUCAUAGUUUCUUUGACUCGCUGAGAAUGCACAGAGCACUGAUGUCCCUGUAGUAUAAUACUGGUUCCCAGCAGUUCCAAGUCGUGUGAGAGAUAGUGGGCAAAGGUAAUGGUGUCUUGUGAAGGACCCCAAGUGUUGCUUUUUCUUUGUGAACCAACUCAUUGACCCCUUGUUUGGGACACAGGUGUGGCAUUUCUUUUCCACAACACUGUGUGCUCUAUUAACCCUUCUGGCAUAACCUACCCAAAGAGGAUGGCAUAUCUGACACUUUCAGGUCUAAAAUGCAACACUUAUCCCAGCAGUUUACCAGUAUUGUAACAAUUGGCACUUGCAAUGUAAGCUGAUUUAGCAGCCAAUCAUCUAAUAUAAAUGUUUCACUUAGAGUGAGUUGAGUCUUCUCAAAUGUAUGAACAAAUGCCACCAGGUUUUCCCCCCAUGGAGUUUUGAAAUGGCAAUAGUUUUCAUGUUUGUUUGGGACAUGUUUAGGAUUUCCCAAGUCGCAAUUUGGUUUUGUUGGUUUGUUUUGCAUACAUGGUCAUCUAUUGUGUGUUGGAAGGUGUGGCCCUCCCGCUGCGUCUUCUGGCCCUGUCUCAACUCCAGUGAUGUCAAGUCACCAGACCUAGCUGAAAAAGCAGAGUGUUUUCUAUCUUUGUUUGGCUUUUUUUCGUACAUAAACUUAAAAAAGAAAGAAAAAUAUUGAAGUAUCCCUAUUUCAGAAUACAUAUUUUGUUAAAAAAAAAAAAGAAUUGUACAUAUUGAGAUGUAUUUUUGCACAGGCAUUUUCUUACACACGAUUUUUGGUACAAUUGAGAUCAUUAUUAUUUAUUUAGUACAAAAAGGAUAACUUUUACGAUUAUUUGAAGUGGUUCACUGCCAAGCCAAUAAUGCAAUAUGCCUCUUAACUAGCAACCAGAGCAUAAGUUACACAUGGGAUCUUUUAAGAUGAGUUUUACCACUGUAGCGGGAGUCUCAAUCACUUGAUGCAUCAUAUUUUUCAAAAAGGUCUCAAGUUUUCUCAUCAUGUUGCCUCCUAAUCAACCGCGGCGAGGUUAGAAUGUGAAUAAGAUGGCCUGUGAUACUGUGUGUGAGGCUAUCUGUGUCCGAGGCUACCUGUGUCCUUACCAUUUCCCCCGCCUGUGUGUCAGAUGUCAUGAAUCAUAUUACCAUUACCUUUCUGUACGGCAACUCGCUCAACAGUGGCUGAAGGAAGCAAUUCUUCAACAGCAAGGUGGAUGAACUUGCAUACUUUGCAUCAAUCGUUGCCAAACCUUAAUCCGAAAACACUGCUUUUAAUUAAAAAUUAAUUUGCCGCUUUUUAUAAAAUAAUGAAGAAAAAGAAAGUGCCUGAAUUAGUUUCCUAUCGACUGUUUUGAGGGCAGAGCAUUGUUCAGUAUUUCUUUUUCUUUCCAUUACUUGAAUGUUACGAAAUGGUUUAGGAGCUUGCUUGAUGAACCUGCCUAUCAGUCCUACAUGUGAAACCUGACUUGUUUUUGUUUUUCUAUCCAGGGUUUUCAGGUGAGAGGAAUAGCUAUAUUUUCCAGACACCCCAGAUUUCAAGGUUUUUAAGUCUAGGAUUAUUUGCUCUUAACCCCUUUUAAAUGUUUUUGUUUACCUUCCAACUCAACUGACAAUGUUUCUAUGUAUUGGAAACUUUGUGAGGAUGUUUGACUCAGCACCGUAGACUUGGAAUGUGAAAGAGACCGGACACAGCUUCCUUACGGGGUUAUGGUUCCACAUAGAAACUCAUGUAAAAGUGUGUAUAUUUGAUUUCUUUUUUUGUAUACAUAAUCAAAAAUCAUUUGAUCAGCUGGACUUUUGUGUGUUGGCUGCUAAGUAAUUCAUGAACAAAACAUAGUAGGUUAGACUUACUAUUUAAAGUAAAGAUUGUAUAGUCUAUUUGUUUUGUAACAGGUUUCUGUAAAUAAAAAUAAUUUAUACAGUUAUUUAUACAAA